GGCAGAGGAUCUUGCCGCGGGAGUUAGGGUUUCGGGAGAUCGCCGGUGCUGACGUGGCAGCACUCUAGGGUUUUGGAUCUGCUUUCGCUUUCUUGUUUCUGAGUCGAAAUCGAUGGGUUCUCAGCUGAGAGAGGCUCUCAGGUGCCUCUGCGUUGAGAUCGGAUGGAGCUACGCUGUGUUUUGGCGAUCGAUCGGAUCGAAGAGUUUAAUGCAUUUAGUGUUUGAAGAUGGGCAUGUCGUUGAUAAUAGAUUGGAAGUUUUGGUUAAUAAGAUUAUGGCACAGCAAGUUCAUCUUCUAGGUGAAGGGAUGGUUGGGCAAGCUGCUGCUACCGGAAGUCAUCAGUGGAUACGUGGAAAUAACAUUCAUGUUGGUGACUCGGGUGCCCAGGAUCUGGGUGAGCUGAACCAUCAAUUCUUAGCAGGCAUACAGGCGAUUGCUGUUAUUCCUGUGCUUCCACAUGGUGUUCUUCAACUUGGUUCUACCCAGAUGGUUAUGGAGAACAUAAAUUUUGUAAACCAUGUGAAAAGUAUAUUUGCACAGCUGGAAGGUAUGAAGGAAGCUCUUUUGCCUGAUAGGUCUAGGCAAACCUUGGGCCAAAAUAGUCAACUAUGUGAUGGAGUAUCAGUUACAGCUUCGGAACUGCUGCCAGACAAACUGAUCGUCACAACCACAUCAAUUCCUCUUCCUGAUGCAUUACAGCCAAGGAUUCAUCCAGCCUCUAAAACGAACCUGCAUUUUAACAGCCAAUUUGAGAGCAAACCUAUGAGAGUUCAUGGUAUGCUUAGCAAUCCAGGAACAAGAUUGAUCCAGCCGGCAGUCUCACAUGAUUCAACCUCCAAAUAUCAAGAUCAGUCUUCGCUUUUUACCACUAGUUCCUCAUCAAGUAUCUUUCCAUUUCAUGAGCAGCAGGUUGCUGCAUUUAACAUCAAUUCCUGGGAAACUGCUAAAAGGGUGGAACCUGAUUCAGGCAACAACAGAACAUUUUCUCCAAAUCCCCAUGGAUCUGUAUUUCCUGACAUGCUCAAAGAUUCCAAUAGCAAUUUAUUUUCUGGGGGAAGUGAAACAGGUGGUAGUGUUUUUGGAAGCUUUACAUCAUUACUAGGUGGAAUUGGGGAAACUAGUAAGAUCAUUUCUGCUGACUUGUCGAGUAGCGAGACAGUUCAAAUGUUAAAUGAGAGAACUCUUUCAAAGAGCCAAGGGAUUCAGGUAGAUACUUUCCCAACACACUUGUCUGUCAACACCUCUGAACCUGUGAUGACUACAGGAACUCAAAGGCAAGAAAAUGGUUUAUUUAAAGCUUGCAAUACUCCUUUUUCUGAAUCUGAUGUUAACAGUUUCUGCAAUCGGGCGCUUCUUGGUACCCUUCAAGGAUGCAGACUGACAAAUGCUUUUCAAGAAAAUAAAAGAGAUAGCAGUGACGCUUGUGGUUCAAAUGGUCCUAAUAUAUCACAACUGAAAAUUGAGGACAAUGAAAAGUCUAAGUUCAGUCACGAUGUCCUCCCCACACAAUUUACUUCAGGAGAUAGUCUGUAUGACAUAUUGGGUGUUGAUUACAAAGUAAAUAAUUUUGGAGGUAGUCUUGAUGUACUUAUAAAUGACGAUGAUGCAAGCGUACAUGAAGUGGCUGCAGAUACUUCCACUUGCUCGGCAAGGUUGGAUGUAUGUCCUAUGAAUCAAUCCCUAGACGAUAUUUCUGGAGUUGGAAUAUUCUCAACACGUGAUACUGACCAAUUAUUGGAUUCUGUAGUUUCAAAGAUCAGUCCAGGCGCCAAAGAGAACUCAGAUGAUGGUGUAUCAUGCAGUACUUCAACCAGAAACACUUCUACUCCUUCAGUUCCUGUCAUUUCUCCUUGUUAUGAAUUGUUAGCUUCAGAAAAGAUGCAAGGCGAGUCUUCCUGUCUUCCUCCUUUUGGCAAAGCUGAAGGCCUAGGUUGUAGUUCAGCUAAACCUUCACGCAGUUUGGGCAAUAAAACUGAAGAUUGCUCUCUGAGUGCUGGAAUCUCUAGGUCUCAAAUUAGCCUUUGGGUUGACAGUGGCCAGAGCACGCAUAGUGAUAGUAUAUUAGGCACACAAAAUAAAAAGGUUGCAAGGCCUAAAGAUCGGCAGAUGAUAAUGGACCGCGUGAAGGAACUACGAGAAAUUGUGCCAAAUGGCGCGAAGUGUAGCAUUGAUGCUUUGCUGGAGAAGACUAUCAAGCAUAUGCUCUUUCUGCAAAGCGUGGCAAAGCAUGCAGACACACUGAAGGAUAUUGGAGAACCCAAGCUCAUUGAUAAGGAGGGAGGCAUACAUUUGAAGGAGAAAUUUGACGGUGGUGCAACAUGGGCUUUUCAAGUAGGCAGCCAGUCCAGGACUUGCCCAAUUAUAGUAGAGGAUCUAAAACCACCUCGUCAAAUGCUUGUAGAGAUGCUUUGUAAACAGCGUGGUUUCUUCUUGGAGAUCGCUGAAUUAAUUAGAGGACUGGGGUUGACCAUCUUGAAGGGGGUGAUGGAAGCUCAUAAAGAUAAAAUAUGGGCUCGCUUUGCAGUGGAGGCUAAUUGGGAUGUGACUAGGAUGGAGGUGUUCCUGUCCCUUGUUCGCUUGUUAGAGUCAACUGUUGGGUGCACUACAGUUCCACAAGAUGUAGAUAACAUCAACAUACUGAACAAUAUGUAUCAUCCAUCUACUAUUUCCGCAACGGGUACAUCUAGUAGUCUUCCUUGAACAAGUUAUCUACUCCACAUUUUUUAUUGCCCUGGGAGGUGCUGAGAGCGGGAUUUGCUGGCCUGCCAUGACUAGCAUUCCGGUGGCUGUAGAAGUCGAAGGGCUAUCGAGGGCAUAAAUUUGAAUGUCAAGCCAUAAUGGCUGGUAUUUUAGGUGUUCUCUCGAGGGACAUAGUGAAGCUCCGCUUGUUCGUAUCUAUUGCUACCUCAUUUAUUAGUUGAGUUGUUUUGAGGUUGUACGAAUAAUUUGGCUUUCUUGUAUUGCUUAUCAUCAAGGUCUGCGGUUGGCUAAGUACAGCAAAUGUACAAUUGACUGAGAGUUAGGAUGGGGUGUGCUUGUGCUAUCAUCUGAAGUAUCUUUCAGCUUCUUGAUACUUUAUUUGAGGUUAUAUAAUUCGAAUGAUGAAUCUGUGAAUGUAAUGGCAUCAUUUUACGAGA